AUGGCUAACGUAAAGCUUGUUUACUAUUACCUCAUUUCCCACUUUUUCAAGAUUUGCUUGCUCCCGCUAAUAGCACUUGUAGCCACUAAAGCAUCAAACCUCAACCAAGAAGAUGUCCAAAAUCUUUGGUUCCAUCUCCAACACAACAUUGUAGCCCUAACCAUUCUCUUUGCGGUUGUCACUCUUGGGUCAGUCAUACACUUUAUGACCCGACCUAGACCAGUUUACCUAGUUGACUACUCCUGCCAUCUCCCGCCUCCAUCUCAAAAGGUCACUGUCCAAAAGAUCGUAGAAUGUAUCAACAAGAAUCGGGAACUGGACUACUCUUCUAAGAUUCUGCCUGAAGACUCUUCGGUGGACUUCUUUUUUAGGGUACUUCAACGUUCGGGUCUCGGGGAAGAGACUUACGUACCAGAAGCACUUUUAAAUGUCCCACCUAUUCAGACCAUGGAGGCUGCACGUAUGGAAACAGAACAAGUUAUUUUCGACGCCAUUGACAAUCUCCUAGCCAACACCAAAGUUAACACACGCGAUAUCGGUAUAAUCAUCGUGAACUCAAGCAUGUUUAACCCUACUCCUUCACUCUCAGCGAUGGUAGUGAACAAGUACAAGCUUAGGAGCAAUAUCAAAAGCUUUAAUCUUGGCGGUAUGGGUUGUAGCGCGGGUGUCAUAGCUAUCGAUCUUGCCAAGGACUUGUUGCAAGUACAUAAGAACACUUAUGCUCUUGUGGUGAGCACAGAGAAUCUCACCCGCAACCUAUACAUUGGUGAUAAUAGAUCUAUGCUUGUCGCCAACUGUUUGUUCCGUGUUGGUGGAGCCGCGAUCUUGCUCUCUAACAAGUCAGGAGACCAAAGACGUGCCAAGUACAAGCUACUUCACACGGUCAGGACACAUACUGGAGCUGAUGACAAAUCUUUUAGAUGUGUUCAGCAAGAAGAUGAUGACUCGGGCAAAACCGGAGUCUCCCUGACCAAAGAUAUAACAUCAGUGGCUUCAAGAACCAUUACCAAAAACAUUGCUACUUUAGGUCCAUUGGUUCUUCCAUUAAGCGGAAAGGUUCUCUUUUUCAUAACAUAUAUCCGCAAGAAAUGUUUUAACGACAAGAUUAAGCAUUAUGUCCCUGACUUCAAGCGAGCCAUUGAUCAUUUUUGUAUCCAUGCGGGUGGGAGAGCUUUGAUCGAUGAACUUGAGAAGAACUUGGGGCUAUUGCCAAUAGACGUGGAGCCAUCCAGAUCAACUUUGCAUAGGUUUGGUAAUACUUCUUCGAGCUCUAUUUGGUAUGAGUUAGCUUAUACAGAAGCCAAAGGUAGGAUGAAGAAAGGAAACAAAGCUUGGCAGAUUGCUUUAGGGUCAGGGUUUAAGUGUAACAGUGCGGUUUGGGUGGCUCUACGCAAUGUCAAGCCUUCUGUUAAUAGUCCUUGGGAGCAUUGUGUUGCUAAGUACCCGAUUAAGCUUGAUUUUUGA